AUGGGAGUAAUCACUUUGAACGUUGUGUGGUCAUCUAGGCCGAACGAGCAACCGACAGUAAAAAAAGCGAUGCAGUUCGAGCCAUCGACACUCGUCUUCGAUGCUUGCAAGAUCAUUCGAGAAAAAAUCACUGACAACAACCUGAAUCCAAAAGAAUAUGGACUUUUCCGCCUCGAGGAUGACCCGACGAAGUGUGUGUGGAUGGAAAAUGGAAGACCCUUGGAGUAUUAUUUGGUCAGAAACGGAGAUACCGUAGAGUAUAAAAAGAAGAUCAGGGCCUUGAAAGUCAAAAUGCUUGACGGAUCAAUCAAGACCGUUAUGGUUGAUGAGAGUCAGCCUGUGAGCGAAUUAAUGCUCGUUAUUUGCUCUAAGAUUGGCAUCAGCAAUCACGAUGAAUAUUCAUUGGUACAAGUGCGGCAACCGUCGGAAGAUGAGUCGAAACCAAGUACAGUUACAAAAGAGGAAAAGAGGAGUAAAAGCGAAGAAAAAGGGUUAGCUUUUGGUACAUUAGGUAGAAAUAAAGAGAAAAGAAUGGAGCAGCUGCGAGCGAAACUGCACACGGAUGAAGAAUUAAUGUGGUUGAAUCAUGGAAAGACCCUUCGAGAGCAAUCGGUCGGUGAUGAAGAAAUACUCGUUCUGAGGCGCAAAUACUUUUUUUCCGAUACAAAUGUUGACUGCCGUGAUCCCGUGCAGUUGAAUUUGUUGUAUGAACAAUGCAAACUGGGGAUUUUGCAAGGAACUCAUCCGGUCAGAAGAGAAAUGGCUUGUGAUUUGGCUGCUUUACAGUGUCAGAUUCAAUACGGCGACAUACAUGAUAUACAAGAGAAUCGAUUUCGGAGUAAUGUUGAUCUUCGGGAGAUAUUACCCAAGGAGUAUGCAAAAUCUAAAGACAAUGAGAAGCGCAUUAUUGAAUCAUACAAAGAAUUAGCUGGGAAAAGUGAGUUGGACGCCAAGAGCAAAUAUGUGCAUCUUUGUCGCUCAUUAGUAACCUACGGAGUGACAUUUUUUGUUGUAAAAGAAAAAAUGAAAGGGAAGAAUAAACUCGUUCCACGGUUACUUGGGGUAAACAAGGAAUGUGUGAUGCGUGUCGAUGAGAAAACGAAGGAAGUUUUACAAGAAUGGCCUUUGGAACAAGUUCGCCGGUGGGCAGCAUCUCCGAAAACCUUCACAUUGGAUUUCGGUGACUACCAAGAGGGAUAUUACGCUGUACAGACUGCCGAUGGGGAAAAAAUCGCUCAACUUAUAGCCGGCUAUAUUGACAUCAUUCUUAAAAAGAAGCGAACAAGAGAUCAUUUUGGUGUUGAGGGGGACGAAGGUUCGACAAUGCUCGAAGACGUAGUGGCUCCUGCACGUGCUACUCUCGUAGCUCAUGGUCAAGUUGGAGAAGGAUUUGCUGUUGAGGGAAAUGUAGCGAUUCCAGGCGUGUUGAGAACGCCAGGAGUUGCCGGCACCGGACAGAGGAGCGUGUUGGAUGGAGCCCAAUACGGUGCUGUCAGUGGACAAAUCCUUCAGCAGCAGAUUUCUAAGGGUCAAAGGGCUAGGAUUGUUAAUUCUCAAGAAAGAGCUCAACGCGCUCUCAUAGGAACAAUUGAAGCUUCGAUUCGGGCUGUGGAACAAGCUGAGGAAGAGAUGCAAAAGCCGAUUGAGAUUGAACUUCCGCGGUUUACCGACGAUCCACAGUCAAGACGUUGGGUUGAAACUAAAGUAGAAGUCGAGAAACAGAAGGUUGGUGAUCAACUCGCACAAAUGGGUGCAGCAACCGCCCAGGUUGUGCAACUUACUGCGGUUCCAGAUGAAAUCGAUUCUCGUGUAGGGAAUGCCAUUGCAACAAUAGGAUCAAACUUACCUGAGAUGGGACGGGGAGUGAGGGAACUUGCUGCUGUUAUGCCGGAUAAACAGCGUGCAGGAGAUCUGGUUGGCGCUGCCCGCCGGCUUUGUGGAGCUUUCUCCGAUUUUCUAACGACAGUCAAUCCUGAACAUGAGGAGAAGAGAACUACUGUACUGGCAGCUGCUGGUCGCGUCGGAGAUAUGUCCCAAGCAGUAAUGGAAACGAUGGAGUCUCCGACGCAGGAAGCGAGAGAAUUUCAUGACCAUUUAGUUCUCAGAGCAAAAAAUGUCGCAACAUCUACUGCUCAACUGGUCCUCAGAGCAAAAACUAUAUCGGCGAAAUGCGAACAGCCAGCUCUGCAGGAUAAGGUUAUUCAUAGUGCAACCCAAUGUGCUUUUGCUACAUCGCAGUUAGUUGCUUGUGCUCGUGUUGUGGCACCGACUAUUGAAUCACCAGCCUGUCAGGAUCAGUUGACAAAUGCUGCAAAACAGGUGGCUAAGGCAGUCGAAGAGCUUUUAGUUGAUGCAAGAGCUGCAUGUGAAAGGAGUACUGAUGAUGGGCAACGUCUCUUCAGUGAUAUUCAUGAUGCUGCUCGUCAGGUCACUACCGCUUUAGAUGACCUGCUGUUGCAUGUGAAAACAUCUCCUAAACAAACAAAGUCGUCACAGGAAGUCUAUGAGUACGAAAAAAUUUUGAAUCAGUCCAGAAAGAUCAUAACCUAUCAAGGACCAACAGAAGACAUGAUUCGUCAAGGAGAGAGUGCGAUUCGCCACAGUCGAAUCUUAGUUAAUCAAAUAGAAGCCGAGGCUGACAGAACACCGGAAAAUCGGGAUCGUUUGCUUGAUGCUGCUAGAUCUGUGGCACGGGCGACGAGUAAUAUGAUAGAUGCGACUAAGGAAUGCCAGUCUCAUCCUCAAGCAGUUGAAUCGCAAAUGGCAUUACGAUCAGCUGCGGAGAAUCUUGUAACAGUCACGAGCGAAGCAACUAGUGAGCAACAAAGCAGACGUAUUAUGGAACAUCUCGAACAAGCCGCGAAACAGACUGCUACAGCAGCGACACAGACAAUUGUUGCAGCUAAUGCAUGUCAUCAGCACAUACAGUCUCGUACAGUGACAGAGACUCUGAUUGUUGAAUGUCAAGAAACAGCUGAACGUGUACCGCCGCUUAUUGCUUCUAUCAAGGAUAGUCAGGGCGCUCAUACCGCAAGUGAAAAAUUUCGAGCUCAAAGCAAUCUUAUAAGGGACACAACUCAGGUAUUGAAACCCGCUACUCGUCUUGUAGAAGUUGCUCGUCAAACCGUACCUUCGGUUAUGGACCAACAUGUUGCAACUCACCUGCAGUCCACUAGUCAACAGUUGUCAGUUCAUUUGGCAGAACUUCGAGUUGGGUCUACCUUAACGCAGAUGAUUAGCGCUGCUUCUACCGGUGACCGCCAACACAUCGGCGCCAGUGCUGUAGAUGCUGCUCAGUCUUUACGUUCAUUUACGUCUGCUGUGCAUGGUGUUUGUGCAACUCGAAAAGAUACUCCAAUCUCUAAGUUUAUUGUAAAUGCCAGAUCAGUAGUCAGCGACUCAGGAAGAGUCUUCGAUCGUGUUCGUGAAAAAGCACCUCAGACAGUAAUGACUGAAGCAACACGAACAGCCACUACUUCGUUACGACAAUGCUUAGCUUGUCUUCCUGAUAAUCAGCAUGUAGAAAAAGCGAUUGAAUUAAUUCAAACAUUUAAAGUGUCUGAAACGGCAGUUCCAGUUGAUCUUCGCGGGUCGGCUUCUCGAUUAAUUGAAUCCAGUUCACAGUUAGCUGUGAAACUUGAUACGGCUCAACAAGCAGCUGCAGUAGAAGUCUUUGUACGUUCGUAUACUGAAUUUCAUACGGCAGUUACACAGUCAAUUCAACAGCAGCCUAAUGCGGCAGAGCGACAGCAGUGUUUGGGACAUCUGGAAAAUGCUCGCAAAGAGGCUGUUAAUGUAGUUUCGCAUUCUCAUACAGUCUCUAUCGACUCAUCUAAUGCAGCUGCCUUGCAGUCGUUGCUGGAAUCUACAAGGUCGCUUACUGAGUCUGUAAAUGCUAUUGUUGAGAUAUUAGGACGUGAAGCUCCCUGGCAACGUGAAUGUGAUGCAGCUUUAAGGCAGAUUCAGUCUAUUCGCCAUAUUCUGGACCGUGCUGAUUUACCGAUGAAUAACGAGGGGUAUUAUGAAAGUCUUGACUCAGUAACAGAACAGGCUAAACGAUUGGGAGCUGGUAUGACCGGAAUAGCCAGACAUGCAAAAAUGCAGGAUGCUCACGCGCUAUGUGAUAGUGUCAAAACAGCAGCGAAUGCAGUGUGCGGCUUAGCCGAAGGAGCUGCCCAGAGUGCCUAUUUGGUGGGUGUGGCUGAGGCACGAAGCCAACCGGGGCGUGCGGCAGUUAUCGAUAUAACAAGGUGUGGCCGUACAGUGCAACUAGUCAAACGGAUCUGUGAGCGGAUUCAACGUUCCGAGUACACGCAACAGCAGCUUUUGGAUGAUGCGACAGUUGUAGCAAAACACACUUCGACGUUAGCUAAUCUAUGCCGUGAAGCGUCUGAACGAACGUCGAAUGUUAGCGUCAAAAAGCAAUUCAUUAACUGUGCAAGAGAUGUUGCUUCGUCUGCUGCUUUACUGAUAACAUCAGUUAAGCAGUUAGAUACUUCAUUUAAUGAACAAAAUCAACGAGAAUGUUCGAAUGCAGCAGUUUCGCUUUAUACCGCAGCAGAUCAACUUGAGACAUACGUCGAUAAUCCGGAUUUUGCACCCGUGCCAGCAAAGAUCUCCAUUGCUGGUCAAAAUGCGCAGAGACAAGUUCUUGUAUCUGGAAGGCAGAUGCUGGAUGCUAGUUGUGAAAUGAUAACAACUGCAAAAGAAUUGGCGGCUUCUCCAACUGACGCUCAAACUUGGCAACAACUAGCUGAUAAUUCGAAUGUCGUUAGUGAAAGCAUAAAGAGAUUAGUCUCGGCUAUUCGCCAAGAAGCACCUGGACAAGCUGAUUUGGAACAGGCUAUUGCAAAAUUACGGCAUUUAAUCACUCAGAUCGACAGAGCUUCACUAGAUGCAGCGCAGGAUCAGUUACCAAGAAGUGCUGUUACUGAGCAAGUUGUUCACCAGCAAAUUUUACAUGCAUGUCAGUCUCUUUACGACAGAAUAGAGUCGUUGAGAGACGCUGCGGUAGGUCGUUCUGAAGGGUUGGGUCAUGCUGUACGAGAACAUAUGGCGGCUAUAGAACCUCUCGUGCAAUCGUCUAUUCAGUCUGCUUCUAUAACGUACGACAGCAAAGCUCAGAGUGUUGUGUUCGAUCAGUGUAAGACAGUCGUUGAGGCUGAGUUAGAAAUGGUGUACGCCUGUAAGGAUGCUGGUGGGAACCCAAAGGCGCGAGAUCUUCACAUUGCUGUCGAUAAAAGUGCUGCUAAUUUGCGUGAAGCCAUCACUGACUUACAAAGAAAUGUCAGCAGAAUGGCUUCUGAAGCUGGUGUGAUACAUGGUGUUGUUGAAAACAUUUCACGUUCUAUUGCUUUAACUGAUGAGGUUACAAGUACUGCAAUGGGUUCAUUUACUGAUGCACAGACACGUAUGAUUGGUGCUUUGGAAGAUAUACAACGAAUUGCAACAGAUAUGCCGUUGACAGCUCCAGAAUCAUUAGGUCCAUUAGCGUUGAAGCUUUCUGAACGGUACUCUGAACUUGCUUCCGACUCGAGACUGGCAAUUGCGACUCUCUCUUCUCCGAACCUUGCCCAGAAACUCCGAGUAGCUGUACAAAAACUGGGCACAUCAUGCAUUGAGCUCAGUGUAGUCGAAAGAGGACAAGAAGUACUUGCUACUUUACAUGAAGGUUCAAAAGGCACGCAAGCUUGUAUUAACGCGGCAAAUACUGUGUCAGGAAUUAUAGGAGACCUCGAUACUACGAUAAUGUUUGCUACUGCCGGGACUUUGAAUCCACAGAGAGGAAAUGAAAAAUUUGCUGACCACAAGGAAGGUAUUUUGAAAACUGCGAAAGCACUAGUUGAGGACACAAAGGCUUUGGUUGCUGGAGCUGCUUCUAAUCAAGAGCAGUUGGCAGUUGCUGCGCAAAAUGCAGUACGUACAAUUGUCAAUCUUUCUGAUGCAGUUAAAAGCGGUGCAGUAUCUCUUUUAUCUGAUAAUGCUGAGGCUCAAGUCAUGGUUAUCCAUGCUGUACGCGAUGUCGCUGCAGCACUAUCUAAUUUAAUCCAGGCGACUAAAAAUGCUUCUGGACGCUCCCUAUACGAUCCAGCGAUGAAUAACCUGAAAGAAGCUGCCAAAGUGAUGGUUACCAAUGUGACCUCGUUACUCAAAACAGUCAAAGCAGUCGAAGAUGAACAUCAGCGAGGAGCACGUGCUUUAGAAGCAGCUGUAGAAGCAAUAGCUCAAGAAGUACGUUUAUAUGACAGUGGAGAAGCCCCAUCGCGAGGUGCUGCAACAGCAGAGGAUGUUAUAAGAUCUACUAAACAACUCACGGUUGCGGCUGCCAAAGCUGCAUCGGCAGCUCAAACGAUGCAGCAAACCGACAUUAUUGCUGCUGCAAAUCUUGGCAGGCAGGCGGUGUGCGACCUUUUAGCCACCACUCGAGCUGCUGCUCAAAGCGCUGAUUCUGUAGAUGCGAGGUAUCGAACGCUUGACUGUGGUCGUGAAGUUGCUCUACAAGCAGUGAGGGAUCUUGUCAGCUGUGGAGAACUUUUGAAAGGCGAUAGUUGGGUUGACCCUGGUGAUCCUGCUGCUGCGGCUGAAAAUGAACUUAUGGGAGCAGCAACAUUGAUUGAAGCUGCUUCAUUAAAACUUUCGAAACUGAAGCCUCGUGAAAUUCAUGCAAUUACGCAGUUACUGAAUUGGAUUAUUGGAAUGGAAGUCUUUCAGAAAGUCAGCGCCGACUCACUCUCGUUUGAUGAACAAGUUUUGUCUGCAGCCAUGGCAAUAGCAUCAGCAGUUCAGUUACUAGUGAAGGCCGCAUCAGCUGCGCAAAGAGAGUUGGUAGCGCAAGGGAGACUGGAACCUCGGCCGGCUUUUUCAAGUGAUGACUACCAGUGGUCGGAAGGUUUAAUUUCUGCUGCACGUUUAGUCGCUGCAGCGGUUCAUCAACUUUGUGAAGCUGCAAAUGCUCUCGUUCAGGGACACUCAUCUGAAGAAAAGCUUAUAUCAGCGGCUAAACAGGUAGCUUCAACUACGGCACAAUUACUGGUAGCGUGCAGGGUAAAAUCAGAUCUUGAUAGCCAAGCGAUGCAAAGGCUGCAAAGUGCAGGGCACGCGGUGAAAACUGCCACAGAACAUCUCGUGACUGCGGCACGUUCUGCAAUCCAUGAGGACGAAAGAGCCCUGGUGAUUUCGCAGCGGAUGGUUUCUGGUAUUGCACAAGUGAUGGAUGCACAAGAGCAAGUUCUUCGCAAAGAACGUGAGCUAUCUGAAGCUCGUGGCAAACUCGCUGCACUCAAUAAAGCACGGUACGGAAGAGGUGCAUCGCCAGCACAUGAUAAUUAG